ACAGAAAAGGAGUGAGAUUGAAAGGAGUGGAGACUCUGGAGAAAGUUGUGUGAAGCAGAAAAGAAAGAAGAAAGAGAAAAGCACACCAGGAAGUCGUCUUUGGUGUGCAUAUUGUACUUUGGGUGGUCGAAGAGAAUGAGCUACAAUAAUCCCAAUACUGGUUCUGGUAGUAGAACUGGGAGGUUGGAGUUUGGAAGGACUCAUGUGGUCAGGCCAAAAGGGACACACCAAGCAACUAUAGUUUGGCUUCAUGGCCUUGGUGAUAAGGGCUCAAGUUGGUCCCAGCUCUUGGAAACCCUUCCUCUUCCAAAUAUCAAGUGGAUUUGCCCUACUGCUCCCUCUCGGCCUGUAGCAUUAUUUGGCGGAUUUCCUUGCACUGCUUGGUUUGACAUGGGGGACAUUUCAGAAGAUGCUCCUGAUGACAUGGAGGGGUUAGAUGCCUCAGCAGCGCAUGUUGCAAAUCUCUUGUCAACAGAACCUGCUGAUAUAAAACUAGGUGUUGGAGGCUUCAGCAUGGGUGCUGCAACUGCCCUCUACUCUGCCACAUGUCGCGUUUUAGGCCAAUAUGGAAAUGGAAACCCAUAUCCAGUUAACCUUAGUGCAAUUGUUGGUCUAAGUGGCUGGCUGCCAUGUUCGAGGACCUUAAGGAACCGGAUGGAAAGGUCACGCGAGGCUUCAAGGCAUGCAGCAUCCUUGCCCAUUUUGAUUUGUCAUGGCACAGGUGAUGAUGUGGUUGCACAUAAACAUGGAGAGAAAUCCGCACAGACCUUAAGUGCAGCUGGAUUUCAAAAUCUCAUGUUUAGAACAUACAAUGGUCUAGGCCAUUAUACCAUCCCUGAAGAAACUGAUGAACUUUGUACUUGGCUGACUGCAAGUUUGGGGCUUGAAGGAUCCCGAUCUUACUAGUCGAAAAUCAAUAAUUAUGGUGAAUGAUGAGAUAGUAUGCAUGGGGAUUAUUUACAAAUGAGGAUGACUUUAUAGUCAAAAAGGGACAAGAAGACUAUAAGAGGGCAUUCCGACUAGAAUAGAUGGUGGUUUGGGGAUACAUAUAUGUUAGUGGCAGUUCUUAUGAUCUCUCUCUGGCUCUCUUUCCUUUGUC